GGUGAAUGAAUGCACGUGAGCCACCGUGAUGGACGCACAUGACGUGUCGAAGAAAGUGCUGCAGUUAAAACUUCAGCUCAAAGAAACGACGGAAUCAAAGAAGGUCCUGAAAAUCUUAAAGAAACUAAGGGAGUUGGAUAUAACCCUAGACAUUCUUGCAGAGACCGGAAUCGGCAAAGCUGUAAACUCUUUGCGCAAGCAUGGGGAUGCAGGAGAAGCCGUCAGGCUAUUGGUCAGUCACUGGAAGAAAUUGGUUCCAAAAGAAACCUUGAGCCAUACAGAGAAGGAUGAUGCUUCGCAGAGCAAGCUGUUGGUAACUGAUGCAGAGAUUCAAAACUGUUCAAAAGAGGCAUGCUCAAAAAUAGAGGACCAAAGUCAAAAUACUUCAAAAGAUGAGCGUUUAAAAAACGAUGAGGAAAACCAAGAUGGGCCUACUUCAAGAGGGGUUCAUUUGAAAACUGAUGAGGAAAACAAAGCGACUUCAGAAAAAGAACAUUUGAAAACUGAUGAGAAGGACGAAAAUUUCAAAGAUGAGCAUUUGGAAGCUGAAUACAAAAACCAAGGUACUUCCAAAGAUGAGCAUUUGAAAACUGAAGACAAAAACCAAGGUACUGCAGAGAAGGCUCAUUUACAGAAAGCAGAUGAAGGCUCAAGUGAAUUGAAAAAUGAUCAUUUUAAAAGUGAGAAGGAAAACAAGCGUACUUGGAAGAAGGACAAUUCCAAGGAUGAGUUGAAAAAACACAAGGGGACACGGGAGUGUAUAAUGGUUACAGAAAAAGAAAGUUAUUGGAGUAGAAAUUCUGAAGAUGAAAAUGUUGUGCUUGGAAGCACAUCUAAGAGCAGCCACAAGAAAGCCAAGUCGAUUUCCAGGGAAGAAUCUAAAAACAAUUCGGAUAACGGCGGGAAAUGUGGGAUAAGGAGAGACUCCAAUAGAAAAACACUGCCGUGUACAAAACCAUCCAGUGAAGAGUCUUCAAAAUCUAAACCUGAUAGAAAAGGGACAGUUAUUGACAAAUCCAAUGACCAAGACAAAGUGAGUGACUCCCUAGGUUGUAAUGGAGAGAGGCGGAAACCAAGUGAAAGAAAGCAAGUCUGCCAUGAAGACAAAAAGUCUAAACAUGAGGGAAAAUCGAAGACCAAAGAGAAAAUGGCGAUUGAGGACAAGCCGAAUGACAAUGACGUCGAGGUGCCCUCCAUGUCUUUUGAGUCUUUCUUGAGCUAUGACAUCAACACGCCUAAGAGGAAGAAAAAAUCUGACAGUGACAAACCACCUAAGAAAUUUAAGACUGUUGAAAAAGAAGUGAAGGUUGUGAAGACACCCAGCACGAAAUCCAAAAAGCAGUUACCUGCGGCGACUGCAGAUUUUUCACCGCCUAAAAAGGCUAUGAAGGGGUCUGUGAUGGACUUGCUUAAUAUUCCAUUGCCAACAUUUCUACCCGAAUAUGAUGAGCUCUCCAACUUCAACUACUACGACAGGAAAAUGGAAGACAAAUCUAAAGUCUCGGUCUCUGAGGGCCCGGUCUUCACUGGUCAAAGACUCAACCGGAAGAUGCAGGUCUAUUCUGGUGCAAAGUCCGCCUUUCUCCCAACCAUGAUGUCCUUGUAUCAGCAAUGUAUCCGUGCACUGCAGAACAACAUUGACUUGCUCUAUGAGAUCGGAGGGGUCCCAUUUGAAAUCCUUGAGCCAGUACUAGAGCGCUGUACACCUGAUCAGCUGUUUCGUAUUGAAGAGUGCAACCCGAUGUAUGUUGGAUUGACUGAUCACUUAUGGGAGAAGCACUGUCAGCGGGACUUCAGGAAUGCCCAGCUAGAGGAGUACGAGUCCUGGAGAGAGAUGCACAUGAGGCUAUCUGAGGAAAGGGAGAGGAAGCUACAAAGACUGACUAAAACCAUAGUCUCUGCCCAUUCAGGAAAACCCAAAGGCCGGCAGGUGAAAAUGGCGUUUAUUAACUCUGUUGCCAAGCCGCCUAGAAAUGUGAGAAUUCAGCAAGAGAUCCAUGGAACUGCUAGACAUCCACGAAUCCAGCAGGAGAACAAUGGAACUACUGGUGUCGUACUGCCGCCUCACCCACUGGACAGGCCCAGUGUCAAGGCCCAGGAAAAAGCCAGACCCUGCUAUGUUGAACCUCCUAGGCCUAGCACCACUGUCUCUGGGACAAGCCAAGCACAAGACUCCCGCAAAAAAACACGGGUGGCACCUAUGAUGGCAAAGUCUCUGAAGGCCUUUAAAACGAUGGGGCGUAGAUGAAGGCCCUAAGAGGAUGGAUGGACUGCUGGAAACUGUUUUGGAUAAAGGUGUAUUAAUUCCACUUCAUGUGUUUUCACUACUCUUUGUCCCAGGCCAAAUGUCCCUUUCUUGGCCUACUUUACUUUUUGGGACCAAAUUUGGAUCUGUAACUAUACACUGAGUAUACGAAACAUUAAGGACACCUGCUGUUUCCAUGAGACUGACCACUUGAAUCCAAGUGAAAGCUAUGAUACAUUAUUGAUGUCACUUGUUAAAUUCAUUUCAAUCAGUGUAGAUGAAGGGGAGGAGAUGGGCUAAAGAAGGGUUUUUAAGCCUUGAGACAUGACUUGUGUAUGUGUGGUGUUCAGAGGGUGAAUGGGCAAGAAUGGUACGACAUCCAGCAACUUGACUCCAAUGCUUCCCACAGUUGUUAACAGGCCAGCAUCCCUGUGGAAUGCUUUGGACACUUUGUAGAGUCCAUACCCUGACGAAUGAAGGCUAUUCUGAGGGGUGGGGGUGGUGUGCAACUCAAUAUUAGAAGGCGUAUUCUUAAUGUUUUGUAUACUCAGUGUAGCUAUUGGGCCGGGCCGUCUUUGUACAAAGUUUUUUUUGCCCAUGCUGCUUGUAAAACAAUCGCUGCAUUUGAAUGAUGGGUAUGUUUCAAUGUUAUUUGUUUGUUCAUAUUGUCAAACACUGAGUGAAUUGCACUAUUAAAUAUGAUGAAAACCAUGCAUUGUUUUUGGCCAUUCAUCUAUUUGUGGACAGAGUUAACUGCCAAAAUAAAGGAAACCCCAACAGUGUCUUAAUAGGGUGUUGGGCUACCACG